CGGCAAACGGGAGCUAGCAAAUUUUUCAUGUCAACAGUCGCGAGCGAGUUCCAAGUGAAAGCGUUCAGCCUGGAGAACAACGCGCCUAGUUGCACUGCCGAGGCCUUUCGACUGGAUUUCGGCGGCACCAUUCACUCGGCCUUCAAUGUGUCGUCGACAGAGGUCUUUGUUGAUUCGUUUCUUGCCAACGUGAAUACGCAUAAGUGCGAGUACAAAGAUCGCGCCGCGAUUGCGUCAGCGUUCCGCGUCUACUUUCGAACACUGCAAGUCCACUACGCCAACGUUGAGAAGGUAGAGGACCGCACGGACAUCAUACCCGCUUGGCAGAGGUUCCAUAGACGCGACGACACCUGUGACGUCUACGACGAACUGAAGCCGUUCAGGAAUUUGCUGCGGCGACUUGGUACCGCCGGUAUGAGCUCAGACGAGGAGCAAGCAUCAGACGGUCGUGCGCAUCCUCCUGGUCGCCCCUACGGCAUUCACGUCGUGCAAUGGCGGAGUGCAAAGCUUACCGCAGUGCUACGUCUACUCGACGCUUUGGACCGGAAGGAUCGUGAGAAGAUCAACGCAGGGGGGUCGCAGAUCAGAGGACGUUUUAUGACAGACAAGAUUGGCCGGACCCCUCCCGUGAAAGGUCUCCCGAGGUGGGCGUACGACGAGGCAUGGCUUGCAGGACUUUCGAGUGGCGAGCGGCCAAGGCUGCGAAUGACUGACGAACCGUUCGAGUUUGUCAUCCCCCCGCAUCUGGUUUUGUGA